AUACUAUUUCUGAUUCUCCGACUCUCGAGUCCUUCCUUGAAGUGGAAUAUUUCCUCCAAAGCAGAGUCAAUGGACGCCUCCAUUCCGACUGCCACUACAAAUCCUUGCCCGGAUUGCAGUCGCCCCUUUCCCUCGCACGGAUUCACCGUGGAUACGGUGUUGCACAAACUUCGCAUUCGAUACGUUCCUCUCGCAUCUGAGAGGAAUCAAAUCAAAGAACAUGUUUUGCAUGCCCGAAAACAUCUUCCGUUAUACAAAUCCGAAAGAAAAAGGCUCCAGGAUGCUCUUUUACAGGUGGAGAAGGAGGAGGCAAUACUAGAGAAAUACAUCGCAUAUCAAGAAGGCCUGCUGCCCUCGGUACGACGCCUUCCCCCAGAGGUCAUGGCGCGAAUAUUUGAUGAAUGCUGUCGAGAUGAAUUCGUCGCAAAGACCACCGUCUCUUUGACUGCGCUUCGUCUUAGCCUCGUCUGCCAUGACUGGCGAGUGACGAUGCACUCAUUACCAAAACUGUGGGCACGCAUUUCAGUAUGGCUGAACCACGCAGACACGUUGACAUGGACUCGCCUUGCGCACCCCCUCUUUCUAUACGUGAAAUGUGCAGGCAACCACCCUCUUUCCAUCAACUUUACCUCCGACAGAACAGGAUAUCCCUUGGCUCAACAAUUGUUCCGUGUCCUUGCUAGCGAGGAAACCAGCUCGCAGAUCGAAAAUUUGUCGAUAUGUGUCUCACAUUCACUACUAUUUGCUAUCUCGUCGGACAAAGUAGGAUGGAGUUUUCCACGCCUUCGUCAUCUUAACAUGGAUUGUUACGGAUAUUACGAGAGCGGACCUUUUUAUCCUGACACCGUUCGCUUGUGUUCGCUAAUUUUGCGAAGAGGUGCCCCUCCGAUCGAAUCCGGUGAUAAAAUCACCUCGGUCACUCGUAUUGCGCUUUCGGAAUCCAACCUCAUUGAAAUAGCAAAUGCGCUUCCUCACUUUCCUAAUCUUGAACAUGCCACAUUCACACUCAUGCAAAAAGCUAUCCACAACGAUACUUGGCCUGAUGACCCAGUUAUCUGUCAUCGUUUGACCGGUCUCACUCUCACUAUAUCCAAUGAUGCCAUUCUUACCCAACUAGGCUGAAAAUCUUGAACUUCCACAGUUGAAUAGACUGGAAUUCUGCUUCGAGGACGGCUGGGCAAAGAAUGUCGGCGCACAGUUGGUAGCGAUGACCAGAAUCAUCAAGGAGGCCACAGUCGAGACCUUCAUUCUUCGAAACGCUUGGUUGUCUGAUGUCAACUUUGUGAAUACCAUCGCUUCCAUGUCGCAUUCCCUACGUACUCUUGUUGUUCACGAGGCGUCACCAGUUCACG